CGACCGGGAAAUUCGGAAGAAACAGCCGGUCGAGGCUCUAUCACAGCCGCGGCGGUCGGGGCUAGCACUUCCCAAGCCUUACAGAAGAAGGUUCAGAAAGUGUUGUCACUGCGAUUCGAACCUGGCAGCUCUCUAGCUGUCUUGCAGACGCUCUCCUCAUUUUAUGGUGAAGGCAACAGUGUGGAUCAGAGAAGGAACCUUAGAUACAUGAUAGAAAAUGAGAAUCUUAUGUUGAAUAAGGAAUUUGUUAAUAACUUCUCGGAAGUGGAGUCGGCCGUUGAGGACAUGUCGAAACGUCUUAGCGACUUGGAGAGUCUCUUGGAUGCAGCUUCGGCGCAGCUGCAGGACUCUCGGAAUAACACGCACGAAGUACUGGAAAAGGCUCGAAAGUUGAACUUGCAUAAGAAGCACACGGUAGAAAAGAAGGAAGUACUCGAUUUGUUCUCUUCGCGGUUUAUAUUACCACUGGAAGACGAGGCCAGAAUAAGGAACUCCGAUUCCCCAAUAGAUGAGGAUUUUUUCAAGAGUCUCAAGCAACUCCAUCGGAUACGUAUUGAGGCAAGACGCAUGUUGGAUGAGCUGAAUGAUAGUGAUAGCACGAGAACUAUAGGGGGCGUUGUCGCUGAUGCAUCUUCCACCCCUUCAUCUACCUCCCAAGAGGGGAACUCACACGAUGAGCUCAAGGGGGCAUUCCACUACGACGCAGCUCUGGCAGUCGACAUUCUGCAUCAAACAUCGGAUCUACAGGAGAUUGCUUACGAACGUAUCUUUGUGUGGAUACAGAGGCAAUGCAAGGAGUUGAUCACCGUGGCUGAUGACUCUGAAGCGGAAGAGGAAGUCUCUAGGCGUAUAAGGAAGGGACUGCAAGUCAUUCGACACAGGACAGUGUAUUUCAAUCACUCAGCUAAGGAGAUAUCGCGGGUUCGCCGUCAGCUGUUGAUGCAGAGGUUCCAUGAGACUCUCACGAAGGGCGGACCCACCAGUCGCCCCAUAGACAUUCACGCCUACGACAUUGUUCGGUAUACGAACGACAUGCUCGCGUGGAUACAUGAACAAGUUGCUGCGGAGCGAGAGUUCUUCAUACAGACCUUUUCUGAGGAUGAUGAGGAGACGGAAGGAAGAAGUCCUUGCGGCGACUCGGACAACACGUCUUCGGGGGAGAAGCCGAUGGUAUGGUGGGAAGGCCUUGGUACGGCUCUGAGUGGUGUAGCAGAGCAUCUCCGCCACAAAAUUGACGUCGCUGUGACAGGCGGAUACGCCAACCUCCCACGCACAGCAUCCGGCUCAGCCAACGAUGACACCAGUAUCCGGGCUGAGUCGUUUAGAGGCGACCUCAGGAGUAGGGCGCGCAGCAACUCUAUCUGGGAUGACACCAUCGGUCACGGCCCUGGUCCGGUGGAGCUAUUCAAGGUGUCUAAGCUUCUUUCCUUUUUUGAGAUCACUUUACGACCAUUAGUUCUGCCGGCUGAUGCUACGGAUGAUAUUGUGGUUGAAGAACCCUUGUUGGCCAUACUGUCGGAUUUGGGAACGCAGACUCAUCGGAGCUUUCUCGAUGCGUGGGAGGCGCAGGCCCAGGCGAUUCGUUCUACCAGCACGUAUCUGCUGUCAGCGUCUUCCAGUUUGCAUGACCUUUCACCACCAGCUUUCGUGGAAAACACAGUGCACUCACUUGAAGAAAUACUGACCAUAUUCCAAGAGAGUCAUACGAUGCUGUGGGGGGUGGCAGGCAAGGACAGCCAAACUGACGAAGAGCGGGCUCAGGCUGAAUUAUUCCCGAUCCUCGCUGGGGCUCUCGACCCAUUGCUGCAAUUUUGCCAGCAGAUCUCGACGGCAAUGGCCAAAGGAGAUGCACCGGUCUUCAUGCUCAACUGUCUCGCAGCUAUGCAAGAGCCGUUACUCCGAUUCCCUUUCACAUCCCAACGUGUCACUAUGUUGCACUCACUCAUUGAAGACCAGAUGAAUGAACUAAUCAAGGAACAUUCUGAAUCCACGCUUAGACAGUUAGGGUUGGCGGAGAUGCUGCGACAACUCUCUGAGGGAAAAGAUAUUGAUCCUAUGACUUUGUCGGCGUGCUUCAGAGGCUUCUACACUGCGCUUUUCAACAUUAGUGGAGCACUAUCUAUCCCCGCCAUUGAUCGUCUCAGCGACCGCUCUCUCCGCUCCCAAGCGAGACAGGGUGUGUGCCUCCAAAUAGCUGAUGCUUAUGAAAAGGUCUACAACUAUGCAGCUGAGCACUUUCCUGAUGUUCACGCCAGUCAUAGUCCUGAUAGUGUUCGAGCAUUGCUUGAUGUAUAA